AUGACCUUAAAUCGUUGCGUGAUAUCGGGAAGACAGAAGGUGAGCAGUGUUGUAAUAACUGAAGUAACUAUACAUGGAAACGAUACAUCCACCAAUCAUGUGAGAGGCAGGAACACGAGGAGCGGGGAGUGUGGCGUUGCCAGACAUGGUGUGGCGUGUGUGUCGGGGACACCGGUGCACGCCUCCACACCUCACCCACGCGCGGCGUGUGUCGGGGGCACCGGUGCACGCCUCCACACCUCACCCACGCGCGGCGUGUGUCGGGGGCACCGGUGCACGCCUCCACACCUCACCCACGCGCGGCGUGUGUCGGGGGCACCGGUGCACGCCUCCACACCUCACCCACGCGCGGCGUGUGUCGGGGGCACCGGUGCACGCCUCCACACCUCACCCACGCGCGGCGUGUGUCGGGGGGCACCGGUGCACGCCUCCACACCUCACCCACGCGCGGCGUGUAUCGGGGGCACCAGUGCACGCCUCCACACCUCACCCACGAGCGCGGCGUGUGUCGGGGGCACCAGUGCACACCUCACCCACGCGCGGCGUGUGUCGGGGGCACCAGUGCACGCCUCCACACCUCACCCACGCGCGGCGUGUGUCGGGGGCACCGGUGCACGCCUCCACACCUCACCCACGCGCGGCGUGUAUCGGGGGGCACCAGUGCACGCCUCCACACCUCACCCACGCGCGGCGUGUGUCGGGGGGCACCAGUGCACACCUCACCCACGCGCGGCGUGUGUCGGGGGGCACCAGUGCACGCCUCCACACCUCACCCACGCGCGGCGUGUGUCGGGGGGCACCAGUGCACGCCUCCACACCUCACCCACGCGCGGCGUGUGUCGGGGGCACCAGUGCACGCCUCCACACCUCACCCACGCGCGGAGUGUGUCGGGGGGCACCAGUGCACGCCUCCACACCUCACCCACGCGCGGCGUGUGUCGGGGGCACCAGUGCACGCCUCCACACCACACCCACGCGCGGAGUGUGUCGGGGGGCACCGGUGCACGCCUCCACACCUCACCCACGCGCGGCGUGUGUCGGGGGCACCAGUGCACGCCUCCACACCUCACCCACGCGCGGCGUGUGUCGGGGGCACCGGUGCACGCCUCCACACCUCACCCACGCGCGGAGUGUGUCGGGGGCACCGGUGCACGCCUCCACACCUCACCCACGCGCGGCGUGUGUCGGGGGCACCAGUGCACGCCUCCACACCUCACCCACGCGCGGCGUGUCGGGGGGCACCGGUGCACGCCUCCACACCUCACCCACGAGCGCGGCGUGUGUCGGGGGCACCAGUGCACGCCUCCAUACCUCACCCACGCGCGGCGUGUGUCGGGGGGCACCAGUGCACGCCUCCACACCUCACCCACGCGCGGCGUGUGUCGGGGGCACCAUGACCCCCGCCGCCACCGGCCCCCGGCAGUGACCCCCCCCGCCCGCCCCCCACCGGCCCCCGGCAGUGACCCCCCGCCGCCACCGGCCCCCGGCAGUGACCCCCCGCCGCCACCGGCCCCCGGCAGUGACCCCCCGCCGCCACCGGCCCCCGGCAGUGACCCCCCGCCGCCACCGGCCCCCGGCAGUGACCCGCCGCCGCCACCGGCCCCCGGCAGUGACCCGCCGCCGCCACCGGCCCCCGGCAGUGACCCGCCGCCGCCACCGGCCCCCGGCAGUGACCCGCCGCCGCCGGUCCCCGGCAGUGACCCGCAGGGGAAAUGA